GCGGGGAGGGGCAGCCUCACCGCACCGUGACCCCCAUUGGGCGGGGUGGGGGCGGGCCCUGGCUUACUAUUGGCUAGUGGCAGGAGGCGAGGCCUGAUCCAGGCUCGCGAUUGGUCGGCGUUCGGAGGCGGGGCCGGACCCAGGCCUGUGAUUGGCCGGAGGUCGGCGGCGGACGCGGCGUGGUGAUGGAGCCCGCAGGGCCUAGGACCCGGGCGGCUGCGCGGCUUGGGGCGCACGCGACGCGGGAGGAGCGGCCGAAGCGGCGGUCUGUGCGGCGGCAGCCGCGGAGGAGAACCGAGGAGGAACAAGAAGAAGCAGUCUUCCGUGAGGUGGUCAGUUUCACCCCAGAUCCUCUGCCAGCCAGAUAUUAUGACAAGGACACCACCAAACCCAUCAGUUUUUACUUAUCUUCGCUGGAGGAACUCUUGGCGUGGACGCCCGAUGCGGAGGACAGCUUUAACGUGGCCUUGGGGCCCCCCGAGCACCGGCAGCCCCCUCUGAGCAGCCAGAGGCCCCGGACACUGUUGUGCCACGACAUGAUGGGCGGGUACUUGGACGACAGGUUUAUUCAGGGCUCCGCGGUGCACGACCCUUACUGCUUCUACCACUGGCAGUGUAUCGACAUCUUUGUGUACUUCAGUCAUCACCUGGUGACCAUCCCCCCCGUGGGCUGGACCAAUGCUGCCCAUAGGCACGGGGUCUGCGUGCUGGGAACUUUCAUCGCCGAGUGGAAGGAAGGUGGGCGGCUUUGUGAGGCCUUUCUAGCCGGGGACAAGAGCUCCUACCAGGCGGUGGCUGACCAGCUCGUCCGGAUCGCCCAGUUUUUCCGUUUCGACGGCUGGCUGAUAAACAUCGAGAGCUCGCUGAGUGUGGCCGCGGUGGGGAACGUGCCCCAUUUCCUCCGGUACCUGAGCGCGCAGCUGCAUUGGCAGGUCCCGGGGGGCUUGGUGCUCUGGUACGACAGCGUGGUGAGCAGCGGGCAGGUCAAGUGGCAGGACGAACUCAAUGAGCAGAACCGCAUCUUCUUCGACUCCUGUGACGGCUUCUUCACCAACUAUAACUGGCGGGAAGAGCAUCUGGAGCGGAUGCUGGUGCAGGCGGGCGAGCGCCGAGCCGACGUGUACGUGGGCGUGGAUGUGUUCGCCCGGGGCAACGUGGUCGGAGGCCAGUUCGACACGCACAAGUCGCUGGCGCUGAUCCGGAAGCACGGGUUCUCAGCUGCUCUCUUUGCACCUGGCUGGGUGUACGAGUGUUUGGAGAGGAGGGAUUUCUUCCAGAACCAGGACAAGUUCUGGGGUUUGCUGGCGCGCUACCUGCCCACACACAGCAUCUGUUCUCUGCCCUUCGUCACUUCUUUCUGCCUGGGCAUGGGGACCCGGAGGGUGUGCUACGGCCAGGAGGAGGCCGUGGGGCCCUGGUACCAUCCGAGCGCACAGGAGGUCCAGCCCCUGUUUGCCGAGCACAGGCUGGAAGGGGACGGGCAGGGCUGGGUGAGGACGCACUGCUGCCUGGCCGACGCCUGGAACGGGGGCAGCUCCCUGCUCAUCCGCGGGGCGAUCCCGCCCGAGGUCGGGCACGUGGCUGUGAGGCUCUUCUCCCUGCACGUCUCGGUGCCCCCCAAAAUUUUCCUGUCCAUGGUGUAUAAGCUCGAAGGGUCUUCAGAUGUUGGGGUGGCGUUGGAGAUCACAACGGGGGACGCGGGCAGCUGCCACAUCGGUGGCAUCUCGACGUUGAGCGGUCCCGGGUCUCUUCCCGCAGCAGAAACGAGCUCAAGGCACAGCCUCCGCCCCCUCCGGGUGCCCCCCACCAAGCUGGCCAGAUGGGUGGGCCACUGUGACCGGCAGCUCAGCGGGGGCUGGGUCCAGCGCUGCUACGAGGUGAACCUUCAGGGCUGCGUCCUGCAGGACCUCCUGGUCGGCUUCUCGCGGCCUCCUGGCGGCCAGGAGCAGGAGACCUUUGUCUGCCGCCUGGGAGAGCUCCAGGUGGUGGACGCCAACAGCCUGCUCAGCCCUCUGCCGCGGGUGCGGGCCGUCGCGGUCUCCCACGUGCGCUGGCAGCGGGCCGCCCCCGAGGAGGGGGGGGAGGGGCCCCCGGCGCGGCUCCAGCUCAGCUGUACUCUGCGCUGGUCCUUCCCCCUGUCUCACGUGCGCUGCUUCCGGACCCACUGCUGCAGAGCGACCGGCUCUGCUGCCGGGGGGCCCCUGGGGCUGGAGAAGCCCGCGCUCCUGGGCCAGGCGUUCGUCAGCCGGUACCGCGUGGUGGACCUGGCGGUGGCAGCCCCGGGGCCCGGCGCCGACGGCCGUGUGGAGUUCCUGGUGGAGCCCGUCCCCAAGGAGGGGUUUCUGGUGCCGCAGGCCGAGUGGGGCAGGGCGGCGCUGCUCUAUUCUGGGCCCCACACGUGAGCGAGCAUUAAAGCACGGACCCUUCCCGCC